UAUGAGCGCAUUUUGAUGUUUCCGUCAAAUGAUGCAAUCUUCUUUCUCCCGAGCGCGCUAGCUCGGGUUCAGGGUUCCAGGUUGAUAGCACAAGUAUAAAACCUUGCUCGCUCUCUCAGUUUCUCCAGAGUCCCACCGUCUCAAUAAUAGUGUGGAAGAUGAUUCCUCGGUCUACAAGCAUCUCCCCCCAGUCGUCCCCGCGACAAUCCCUCCAAAAUGGUGGAAUGCAUAGGGACAGGCGGAAACAACGGGCGCGUUGCUGACCAGCGCGAUGGAGGUGAUAAUCGAGUCAACGAGCAGGCCAUGUUCUUUCUGCCGGCUUGCAAUGUGUUUAUCAACGAGAACUUCGCACUGAGGUGUCCGGCGCUAUUCCACGGUCGCCUGAUUGACCAGCUGCAGCGAGAUGCUCCAAUUGCCGAUCUGAUGGAGGCCGAGUUUGACGCUUUUCGCAAUGUGGAGACCAUGCGGCUUUGUGCUGCUGCCGAGCGAAUGCGCAGCACGCCGAACGCGGGCGGCAGCUCAGUCAUCAGUGAGGUGCUGAGCUACGAGCUGCUCAAGAGAUACGCUAACGCCGAGUUGGAUCGCACUGAAAUGGAGGUGACUUACUUCCCAGAAGGCGGCUCAAUCGUGGACUACACCUGUUUUGUGCAGAACUGCACAGUCGGCGUGAGCGUAACCAGAGCCAUGAAGUUCCAGGGUCAGUACACGGUCGAUGAUGCAGAGCGUCUGCUGGUCAAGAAGCUGCUGGGCCUGCGGCGAGCGGCACGUAACUGCCUGUGCGGACACUGGAGCAAGGCGCUGCUUCACGUCUGGGCGGCGUCGCCGCGUGUCGCUGCACUCGUGCAGCACGCCUACUGGGACCUGCUGCCGGCGGAGAUGCGCGACAACGCACUCGUGCUGGUUACCGUGGCAAAUGGACCGAAGGCCCACCUCAUCUUCCACGAGAACAAGAAUGGAUGUGCUAUGUGACUUCGGUUAUCACUCCAACAAAGUUUUUUUUUUUUAAAUAUCCUUCAGCAAGAACUUUUUAAUGAUUAUGAAUUCCCUUGAGCAAUUAUAUCAUCUACUUAUCAAUAUAGCUUGCCCUCGACACCACCACCUGCCUUGAGACAAUGUUCCACUUUGUAUUUCAUAAAAAAAGGAUCGCACAUUUUGCUGCGUCUGUUCAUGCUUGAGAUAUUUCCCAUCGGCAUCAUACAAAGCCUUUACGACUAUUUUAUCAGAGACAGAAUGCAUUAGAAACAAAUUAACAACCAAAAGAUCA